GAGCUACUCCAUUACUUAAUUCUUUACAACCAUCACACCCCGCCCGACUCUCUUUAUCUGCAGUGCCUGAGAGAAAAAUGAACUACUUCAGCACAAAGAAAAGCAUCAUCAUCAUGGAUUUCUUCUGCGCCUACUUUCUCAUUCUAGCUGCCAUGAAUGUUGUGACUGAAGCUUCUAAGGAGUUCAAAGUCGGCAAUGACUUGGGUUGGCAGCAGCCUACUGCCGCCAACACUUCAACGUACACAGACUGGGCUGCUAGGAAGAGGUUCCACGUUGGAGACUCUCUCACUUUUGUGUACCAGAAUGAUUCAGUCCUUGAAGUGGAUAAAUGGGGAUACUAUCACUGCAACACGGAAACUCCCAUCUCGGCUUUCAACGACGGAAACACUGUUAUUGAACUUGACAGGCCAGGACCCUUCUAUUUCAUCAGCCGCAGUCAGGAACACUGCAAGAAUGGUCAGAGAUUGGAGGUUCUGGUGAUGGGUCAGCACCAUAGCUGGGACUCUCCGCCCUUGAUGGCAGCUCCGCCAGAAGCUGACAUGGCUCCCAGAGCACAUCUUAGUUCAGGAUUAGUAGUCACAGUGACAAUUAGUUUGGUCUUCCUGCCUCUCAUUUCCACAAUUCUGAUCUUGCUAGCAUGAUUAAUUAAUUUGUUGAUUUGGUCAUUGUUUUUCUUAGUUUUGAGAUAGUUACCCAACUGUUGUUCUGUCUCGUGUCCCAUGAAUUUUAUUUUUAUUUUGAGUCAUUCAUUAGGUCAUAAGAUGUGGAAAAUUAUUGGUUUUUUUAUUAUUUAAUUCCGCAUUUAAUUAAUGGUAGUUUUUAGU